UAACGAGUUUAGUUGGUUGCAAUUAACAAAAAGAAGAAUGUCAAUUUUAAGGUUAAGGUAUGCACACUCUGUUCCUACUCUCAUUUUCUUUCUUCCAAUUCGAUUAUUACACUCUAACCCUAAUCCUUCAUUCACUCACAAUCUUGACGAUGCUAUUUCAUCAUUUAAUCGCAUCAUCCAUUUAAACCCUACCAAACCCAUCUUUGAAUUUAACCAAAUUUUAACUUCCCUUGUUAAGAUUAAUCAUUACCCUAUUGCUAUUUCCCUUUUCCAACAAAUGGAAUUCAAGGGAAUUCAACCUAACAUUUUUACUUUGACCAUUUUGAUUAAUUGUUUCUGUCAACUAGGUCAACUCAAUUUUGCAUUUUCUGUAUUGGGAAAAAUUCUCAAACUUGGUUAUCAGCCUGGUACCAUAACAAUUAAUACACUUAUCAAUGGUCUUUGUCUUAAUGGUAAUGUUAUGAAAGCAUUGCACUUUCAUGAUGAUGUUAUAGCUAUGGGAUUUCACCUUGAUCAGGUUAGUUACGGGACCUUGAUCAACGCAUUAUGUAAAAUAGGUGAAACAAGAGCUGCCAUGCAAUUGCUCAGAAAGAUUGAAGGGUUAUCGGUUAAGCCAGAUGUCGUAAUGUACAGCACAAUCAUUGAUAGUCUAUGCAAAGAUAAGCUUAUUAAUGAUGCCUAUGAUUUAUAUUCUGAAAUGUCUCUUAAGAAAAUUUCUCCUAAUGUCGUCACUUACAGUACUUUAAUAUAUGGAUUUUGCAUUGUGGGUCGAUUGAUAGAAGCAAUUAGUUUGUUAAAUGAAAUGAAGUUGAAAAACAUCAACCCAAAUGUUUAUACUUUUAAUAUAUUGGUCGAUGGUUUUUGUAAGGCGGGAGAGGUUAAACAGGCUAAAAGUGUGUUAGCUAUGAUGAUAAAAGAAGAUAUGAAACCCAAUGUUGUUACUUAUAAUUCUUUAAUGCAUGGUUAUUUCUUACUUGGUGGUGUAAACAAGGCCAAAUAUGUAUUCGACACCAUGGUCCGAAAGGGAGUGACUCCUGAUGUGCAUAGCUACAAUAUUAUGAUUAAUGGAUUAUGUAAGAAUAAAAUGGUGGACGAAGCCAUGGAUCUUUUUAAAGAAAUACGUUUAAAAAAUGUGGCGCCUAAUACUAUAACAUACAAUUCCCUCAUCGAUGGACUUUGCAAAUCAGGGAGAAUCUCUGAUGUUUGGGAUCUUUUAGAUGAGAUGCAUGAUAGAGGUCAACCUGCUGACAUGUUCACUUACAAUCCCAUAUUAGAUGCUUUGUGCAAAAACAAUCAUGUUGACAAGGCAAUUGCAUUAUUGACGAAAAUCAAACACCGGGGAAUUCAGCUACAUAUGUGUACUUACACAAUACUUGUUAGUGGACUACGCAAAAGUGGAAGACUUAAAGAUGCACAAAAGGUUUUUGAAGAUCUUCUGAUUAAGGGAUAUCAUUUUGAUGUUAAGAUGUAUACUGUUAUGAUUAAAGGGCUUUGUAAAAAGGGCUUACUUGAUGAAGCAUUAUCCUUGUUAUCAAAAAUGGAAGACAAUGGUUGCAUUCCUAAUGCUGUAACUUACGACAUUAUCGUUCGUUGUUUGUUUGAAAACAACAAGAAUGAUAAGGCAGUAAAACUUCUUCAAGAAAUGGUUGUUAGAGGUCUAAUAAGCAACCAGCACAUGAAGCCUGUUGGAAGAUAUCUUUUAGUUUACAUGCAAGAUUGCAGUUGGGGGAGGCUUUGUCAGGAUUCGCUAGAGGAGGAUAUUAAGUGUGUACAAAAGGUGAAUAAACUUACUGAAAAAAUAGACGAAACAGAUGAAAAUCUCAAAGUUCUCUCUCAAAAAAUGCAAAAACACUACAAAACCUUAAAAGCUCAAGUCUCUCAGUUGGAUCAUGACUUAAGAAGGAUGUUAGAAGAAAGAACUUUUGGCCAAGAUUUUGACCGAAAAGAAAGAGAAAUCAAAAAGUUACAAAGCCAAGUGAAAGAGAUUGAUGAUUUCUUGAGAGCUUCCAAAGAAGAAAAACCUAAACCUGUUGAAGAUAUUUUCUUUAACCCUCCUAAUUUUCCUACUUAUUUCACACGACCAGGAAAGCCAUCUCCUCUGUACCCUACCUAUGCUUCAUCACCACCAAAUUAUGCCAAAUACAUACCCUCAACUUAUAGACAAAAAUCUGUCAGAACUACAAAAACCUCAACCUCCAGGUCCAAAGAAAAAACCGCUUGCUUAAAAAACCAUGAAUUCCCACAAGGAAAUAAUUCUCUUGCACAAUUCUCAAGAAAAAAGAGUGAAGAUUCCUCUUCCUUUGAGAAAAAUAAUUCUUCCAAAGAUAUAUCAGUUGAUGAAAGAUCUGAAUCCUUUUCAUCAAUAUCAGAACAAGAAUCAGAAUCUGAAAGGAAUUACAUGAACAUUUCUAGACUUUUUACGAUAACUCUUCUUCAGAUGAAGCAUCGUUUGCUGAAUCAGGAGAUGAGAUGUUUUUCUAUUUACUCAUUCAAAGAAGUAGAAAGUACUUUACCUACCCCUCAUCUCCCUUGUGUUGAAAUCCAAGUCCUCGCCUUAAAGUUUUCUCAUCCCGAGAAAGUUAUAGCCUAUAUGGAUACUGGUGCCGAAAUAACAAUGAUAAACUCAAGCAUCCUCUCUACAAAAGCAUGGGUGAAACAUGUUGCAUACUUUGUAGCAGCAGAUGGAAAAGCUUUCAGAACAUAUGUGAUGAAAAAGGAGAAAAUUGGAAUCAGAUUCUUCUUUGGCAUUGUUUGGACAAAGGUCAUUGGUAGUAGCCUCCCAAAUAAAGAUAUUGUUGUGGGUAUGGAUGUUUAUUCAGCAGCAAAUAUGCUUCAAAUUAUCCCUACAGUAAUCAAAUUUAAACAAAAAUUUAAACCUUAUUCAGGAAUAUUAAAGUUAUAUUCCAUUUAUGAAGUUCCUGCUAAAUAUGAAGAAAAUAAGUUCAAACUGCUCAAACUUUGUGCAGACAGUCAUGAAAAAUUCUCUCAUCCAAAACCUUUAUGGACAAACAAAGACUUUUUUGUCCAACUUCAUUUCAAGCUCAAUGAGGAUAUCAAUCCAACCAAAGCUACUCAUCCAGGAAUGAGUCCAUCAGAUUUAGCUUUAUCCCGAGAAGAAUGCAACCAAUUACUCAAACAAGAUCUGAUAGAACCCACAAAAUAUGAAUGGGUUGGCCAAGCAUUUUAUGUUGAAAAGAGAUCUGAAAAAAUAAGAGGAAAAAAUAUGUUAGUAAUUGAUUAUAAACCUCUUAAUCAUUUUCUGAAAGAUGAUAAAUUUCCCAUUCUGAAAACCUCCUCAUUAAACAUCUUCCUCAAAGAUGCUCAGAUCUAUUCCAAGUUUGAUAUGAAGUCAGGAUUUUGGCAAUUCGGUGUUGAUCCUAAGGACCGUUACAAAACGGUGUUCUGCAUUCCUAAUGCCCAAUACCAAUGGACAAUAUUAUCAUUUGGGCUCAAGAAUAUGGCGCCUAAUACUAUAACAUACAGUUGCCUCAUCGAUGGACUUUGCAAAUCAGGGAGAAUCUCUGAAGUUUGGGAUCUUUUAGAUGAGAUGCAUGAUAGAGGUCAACCUGCUAACGUGAUCACUUACAGUUCCAUAUUAGAUGCUUUGUGCAAAAACAAUCAUGUUGACAAGGCAAUUGCAUUAUUGACGAAAAUCAAAGACAGGGGAAUUCAGCUAAAUAUGUGUACAUACACAAUACUUGUUAAUGGACUAUGCAAAAGUGGAAGACUUAAAGAUGCACAAAAGGUUUAUGAAGAUCUUCUGAUGAAAGGCUAUCGUUUGGAUGUUAGGAUGUAUACUAUUAUGAUUCAAGGCUGUAAAGAGGGCUUACUUGAUGAAGCAUUAUCCUUGCUAUCAAAAAUGGAAGACAAUGGUUGCAUUCCUAGUGCUGUAACUUACGAAAUUAUCAUUCGUUGCUUGUUUGAAAACAACCAGAAUGAUAAGGCAGUAAAACUUCUUCAAGAAAUGGUUACUAGGGGUCUAAUUUGUAACAAGGGAGAUAUUCUUUUGGCAGAGCUUGCUCUAAAUACCAUGAAUCAUCCACUCCGCUCAUUUCAACUUGGAGACAUAGUUUGUCGUUCGUCGUCGUCUGACAUGCCUUUGGUGCCGGAUGACUCAGAAACAUGUGUGAAUGGUUUGGAAAAGGCAUUGAAAUUGAGAGGAAUUCAGAUGAUUAAGCCAAAUGAGAGUUGUGAUUUGGUUUACUGUUAUUGUGGAAUUAGGCUGCACCCUUUUAGCUGUUCUGAUGCAUUUUCUGUUACUAAAAGUGGAGAACUUGUUGGUGAUGAAAGUGUGAGAAUGUUGGAAAAAUGUUGUUUGAUUAGUAGCAAAACUUUCAAUGGAUUCUCAGGUCUUGAAGGGUGUUCUAAGUGUUUGAAUAAUCUCUAUUUGCUUAACAAAAAGACUUCAAAUUCAAGCAAAAUUGAAGAUAGGACCACAAAAAUUCACAACAAAGAUUGUGAAUUAAUGGAUAAAAUAGCUAUGAUGAUAAAAGAAUAUAUGAAACCCGAUGUUGUUACUUAUAAUUCUGUAAUGAAUGGUUAUUUCUUACUUGAUGAUGUAAACAAGGCCAAAUAUGUAUUUCACAUCAUGAUCCGAAAAGGGGUGACUCUUAAUGUUCGUAGCUACAAUAUUAUGAUUAAUGAAUUAUGUAAGAAUAAAAUGGUGGACGAAGCCAUGAAUCUUUUUAAAGAAAUACGUUUAAAAAAUAUGGCGCCUAAUACUAUAACAUACAGUUGCCUCAUUGAUGGACUUUGCAAAUCAGGGAGAAUCUCUGAAGUUUGGGAUCUUUUAGAUGAGAUGCAUGAUAGAGGUCAACCUGCUAACGUGAUCACUUACAGUUCCAUAUUAGAUGCUUUGUGCAAAAACAAUCAUGUUGACAAGGCAAUUGCAUUAUUGACGAAAAUCAAAGACAGGGGAAUUCAGCUAAAUAUGUGUACAUACACAAUACUUGUUAAUGGACUAUGCAAAAGUGGAAGACUUAAAGAUGCACAAAAGGUUUAUGAAGAUCUUCUGAUGAAAGGCUAUCGUUUGGAUGUUAGGAUCUAUACUAUUAUGAUUCAAGGGCUUUGUAAAGAGGGCUUACUUGUUGAAGCAUUAUCCUUGCUAUCAAAAAUGGAAGACAAUGGUUGCAUUCCUAAUGUUGUAACUUACGAUAUUAUCAUUCGUUGUUUGUUUGAAAAAAACCAGAAUGAUAAGGCAGUAAAACUUCUUCAAGAAAUGGUUGUGAGGGGUCUAAUGUAAAAGCAAAACUAGAUGAGAGGCUUUCUAGUUACAA